CGUGCAGCGGAGAGUUUGGGGGCUGGAAUCAAAUAGGUACGAGCUGAACUUUCUCAAUCACUAUCAAUGAGGAUUUGCAUGCUGGAUCUAAAAAGCGGCAUCGCUGGAGAAUCACUUUGGACAUUUGAAUGUUCUUGCGAGUUUUCCCGGGACUUUUUAUUUUUUGCUGAAGUCAGUGAUGUGCGUCUGCAACUUUUGAUGCGCAUCUGCGUGUUUCAGUGCUGUGGAGACACAGAUGCGACUUCACGGUUGAAGUUGUCUUUUUUAGAUGUAUUUUGCAAAGUUUUCAGAGUUUGAAGCAACUGUUUAAUCCUCGCAUUGUGGGUCACUGUUACUUUGACUUUUUCCCGUCUUACCUGGAGAGUUGCGCUCGGGACAUAAUUGAUUUUGUACGAACGUGGAUACAUUUUGUGUGUCUGGCACACAAGCAUUUAUUUGUUUUUAUUUUAUUAUCCUUGCUAUAAGGCUGCUAUCAGAGGAUAUAUGAUGCGGUGGGUGAAGUAUUGUGGAUUAUUAACAGCGCUGUGCUGCUUUCUGUGCUUUAUCUCUGUGAAUGGAUGCCCGCAUAAGUGCAGUUGUUCGGGCUCUCAUGUGGAUUGUCAGGGUCAAGGCUUUAGGACCAUACCCAAGGGAAUCCCGAGGAAUGCCGAAAGACUAGACCUGGACAGGAAUAACAUCACCCGGAUCACCAAGGUGGACUUCUCUGGCCUGAAGAACCUGCGUGUGCUGCAUCUGGAGAACAAUCAGAUCAGUGUGAUUGAGAGAGGAGCAUUUCAGGAUCUCAAACAGCUCGAAAGAAUCCGCCUCAACCGGAACCGGCUGCAGGUCCUGCCGGAGCUGCUGUUCCAAUCCACACCCAAGCUGGGCCGGCUGGACCUGAGCGAGAAUCAGAUUCAGGCUGUUCCUCGUAAGGCUUUCAGAGGGAUCACCGCCGUCAAGAACCUGCAACUGGACAGCAACCACAUCAGCUGCAUCGAAGAUGGAGCCUUCCGAGCCCUGCGCGAUCUGGAGAUACUCACGCUCAACAACAACAACAUCACACUUAUACCACUGUCAAGCUUCAACCACAUGCCCAAGCUGCGGACACUUCGCCUGCACUCCAACAACCUGCACUGCGACUGCCACCUGUCCUGGCUCUCUGAUUGGCUGCGCCAGAGGAGGGGGCUGGCCCCUUUUACACAAUGCAUGGCCCCCGCCCAUAUGAGAGGUCUCAAUGUCCCUGAUGUUCAGAAGAGAGAUUUUGUCUGCACAGGUCCUGCUCAAUCAGAGCCAAGGUCAUGUGCUCCCCAGGCAUCCGUCUGCCCCGCCGCCUGCACCUGCAACAACAACAUUGUAGACUGCCGGAGAAAAGGCUUGACUGAGAUUCCUGCCAAUCUGCCUGAAGGAAUUGUGGAAAUCCGUCUGGAGCAGAACAUGAUCAAGAGCGUCCCACCAGGAGCGUUCUCCACAUACAAGAAACUGAAGAGAAUAGACCUGAGCAAGAAUCAGAUUUCCGAGAUUGCGGAAGAUGCGUUUAGCGGCCUUCGUUCCCUCACUUCACUGGUCCUGUACGGAAACAAAAUCGCUGAGAUCCCCAAAGGACUGUUCGAUGGUCUGGUCUCCCUGCAACUGCUACUUCUCAACGCUAACAAGAUCAACUGUUUGCGAGUGAACACCUUCAAAGACCUGCAGAACCUCAACCUGCUCUCUCUCUAUGACAACAAGCUUCAGACCAUCAGUAAAGGCUUGUUCACCCCUCUGCGUGCCAUCAAAACACUGCACCUCGCUCAAAAUCCAUUCAUGUGCGAUUGCCAUCUAAAGUGGUUGGCCGACUACCUGUUCGACAACCCGAUUGAGACCAGCGGAGCUCGAUGCAGCCACCCGCGCCGCCUCGCCAACAAGCGCAUCAGCCAGGUCAAGGGCAAGAAGUUUCGCUGCACAGGUUCGGAGGACUAUCGCAGUCGCCUGAGCGGUGAGUGUUUCCAGGAUCUGGUUUGCCCCGAGCGCUGCCGGUGUGAAGGGACUGUGGUGGACUGCUCGAACCUCAAACUCACCAAAAUACCCCCUCACCUGCCCGAGCACACCACUGACCUACGGUUGAACGACAAUGAAAUCUCUGUCCUGGAAGUUUCAGGGGCCUUCAAGAAGCUCCCAAACCUGCGCAAGAUAAAUCUGAGUAACAAUAAGCUGCGGGACAUCCGUGAGGGGGUGUUUGAUGGAGCCGCGGGUGUUUUGGAACUGCUGUUGACAGGAAACAAACUGCAGUCAGUCAACGGACGGAUGUUCAAGGGUUUGGGUGGACUCAAAACAUUGAUGCUGAGGAGUAAUCAGAUCAGUUGUGUUGAUAACGCCACCUUCACCGGACUGAGCUCCGUGCGCCUGCUUUCCCUGUACGAUAACCGGAUCUCCACUAUCGCCCCAGGAGCUUUCAGCACUCUGCAUUCUCUCUCCACAAUUAACCUGCUGUCUAAUCCCUACGUGUGUGACUGUCACUUAGCCUGGCUGGGACUUUGGCUUAAGAAGACCAGGGUGGUUAGUGGGAACCCACGCUGCCAGAAACCUGCCUUCCUAAAGGAGAUCCCAAUACAGGAUGUGGCCAUGCCUGAUUUCACCUGUGACGGUGUGGAAGAGAAUGUCUGUCUGCCGUCGACCCCACGCUGUCCGGACUCCUGCACAUGCUCGGACACGGUGGUGCGUUGUAGUAACCGAGGGUUGCGAUCUCUACCUAAGGGUAUCCCUAAAGAUACGACUGAAUUAUACCUGGAGGGAAAUCUUCUCACAUCUGUGCCCAAAGAGUUGGCCAAUCUGAAACAACUAUCACUGCUAGACCUCAGUAACAACAGCAUCGAUGUUCUUGCCCCUCUCACCUUCAACAACAUGACUCAACUCGCUACCCUCAUCUUGAGUUAUAAUCAGAUUCGCUGUGUCCCGGUCCAUGCGUUUGAUGGCUUGCGUUCCCUCCGCCUCCUAACCCUCCACGGAAAUGACCUUUCAACUAUUCCCGAAGGAGCCUUCAACCACUUGACAUCUCUAUCUCAUCUGGCUCUGGGUGCAAACCCCCUGUACUGUGAUUGUGAGCUACGCUGGUUGUCUCAGUGGGUGAAGGCUGGGUAUAAAGAGCCUGGCAUCGCCCGUUGCACCGGACCACCCGACAUGGCGGACCGACUGCUGCUCACAACCCCCCUCAGCCGCUUUCUGUGCAAAGGUCCAGCAGAUUUGAAUCUGAUGUCCAAGUGCGCCCCCUGUCUGGCAGUCCCCUGUCAAAACAACGGCACUUGUGUUAGCGAUGUCACCGGCUCUUACCACUGCACCUGCCCGUUUGGCUACAAGGGUCGUAAUUGUGAGAUCCCCAUUAACGCUUGCAUUAGCCAGCCAUGUAGUAAUGGAGCCACAUGCCACCUCACACCUGGACAAGAGGGGCACUACCGCUGUGUGUGUCCUCCUGGGUUCGAGGGGCAGCAGUGUGAGGUGAAUCCAGAUGAUUGUGAAGACAACGACUGUGAGAAUAACUCCACCUGUGUGGAUGGAAUCAACAACUACACCUGCAUCUGCCCGCCCAACUACAGAGGCGAUCUUUGUGAGGAGGUGGUUGACCCCUGCCUGCCUGGCUUUGACCUCUGCCAACACGACUCCAAGUGUGUUACUCUCAGUAAAGGCUACAGGUGUGAAUGUUUGCCAGGUUAUGUUGGCCAGCAAUGUGAGCAGGAUUACAACGACUGCAUGGAAAACAAAUGCCAGCAUGGGGCGGAGUGUGUUGAUGCUAUCAAUGGUUAUACAUGUGUCUGUAAAGAGGGAUUCAGUGGCCUGUUCUGUGAGCACCCACCACCAAUGAUAUUACUUCAGAAGACGAGUCCAUGUGAUCAUUCAGACUGCCAAAACGGAGCCCAGUGUCUGGUUAUCGAGGGGGAGCCUGUAUGCCGCUGUCUGCCUGGCUUCUUUGGAAACAAGUGCCAAAAAAUGAUAACAGUGCACUUCCUCGGCAAAGAUGCUUACGUGGAACUCCCCACCGCCAGGAUCCGACCACCCAUGCAUAUAUCCCUCCAGGUAGCUACCGAGAAGGACAAUGGUGUUUUGUUGUAUAAAGAGGAUCAUGACCCACUUGCCCUGGAGCUGUACCAGGGACACAUUCGGUUGAUCUAUGACAUCGCAAAGUAUCCUCCUACUACCGUGUACAGUGUGGAGUCAGUAAAUGAUGGACUAUUUCACAUGGUGGAGGUGCUGAUCCAGAAUCAGACCCUGAGUUUAGUGGUGGACAAGGGGGCACCGAAAAGUCUUGGCAAACUGCCCCGUCCUCCUUCUGUGGACCAAAGCACACAACUCUAUAUAGGGGGUGUGCCCUCUAUAAUUGGCACAGCGGGUUUGCGACCGGGUCCAGAUCGACCGUUCCAGUCCUUCAACGGUUGCAUUCAUAAUGUACGGCUCAACGGAGAACUGCAAGAUUUAGGUAGUGGACUGGCAGGGAUAAAGGGCAUCUUACCGGGCUGUCACUCCUGCAGUGUUUGUGCCCACGGGACCUGCAGACAGAGAGGAGAAGUGGGCAUCACGUGCGAGUGUCCCGCGGGCCAGAGCGGCCCGCUGUGUGAACAGAUAAACUCCCAGAGCUCCUGCCAGAAUAGCAGGUGUGUGCAUGGUGUGUGUGUACCAAAGGGCUCCUCAUACAGUUGUUCAUGUGGAGAAGGAUACUCGGGUCAAUACUGCGAACGGCGAGAUGAGCCUGCUGCCUGCAGGGGGCAGCACUGUGUGCACGGAGAGUGCAGAUUAACAGAGAACGGAGAUCCAGGGUGCCAAUGCCAGCCUGGAUAUACAGGGCCAACCUGUGAAACAGAGCUCACGUGCCAAGGAGAGAUGGUUCGCGAGUUCCUCAAGCGUCACAUGGGUCAUAAAAGCUGCACCUCCACAAGUAAAUUCCAACGGGUGGAGUGUCCUCAGGCCUGUCACUCAGGCCUCUGCUGCGCCCCGACCAAGAGCAGGAGGCGGAAGGUCAACUUCAAGUGCUCGGAUGGAUCUACCAUACAUGAAGAAAUAGAGACCACCAUGGAGUGCGGCUGCACAAAGUGUCCAUUGUAAUAAACCCCCCCACCCACCUCAUCCCAAACUAUGAGAAGAUGGAGCGGAAAAGAAAAUAUAUUGUAAAAUAAAGGAAACACAAAUAGAACUUAUUUUUAUUAAGUAAUGUUUUUUAAAGAAGAGACUGUUUUUAUGAUAUGUGUGUCAUAUGAAAAAUAAUUUUGUAUCAUCGAACAAAAAAGAUUAACAUUCCUGAAAAUAUAUGAAUGAUAUAAAUAUGUAUAAAUCUAUAUAAAUGUACAACCUAACCUAUGAAUUAAUUCGCUCUGUGUAUUGCAUGUCUAUUGUGAAGUGUGGAAGGACAUUUUGAUGGAGGAGCUAGUGGGCGUCAAGGCUGAAAUUUGCCCUUAGACUCUUAAACACAGGAAGUGGUGAGCCAACUUCCUGUGCUCUGUUGGCAACAAAUGAACUGCUUCCUAAUGGACCUCAGAUAGCUCACCUGCAGAAUUCAGGGAUUUGACCCGAGCUGAGCUUCCACUGGGAUGGGCUGUCAUUUUUGUGCUCUAUGGAUCAUUUUGGGUGUUUUAUGUUGUUGUUCAUUGCUUUUGCACGUCAGAGAGAGGAGACUUCAGAGGAAUCUUUUGCAUGACUGCAUGGAAAGUUAAAUGUGAACUUAUAACAUGCUGUGGCCAGGCAGUAAAGCUAUUGUAGUGACUAUGAUAGUUCAUCUGAUCUCUACCUGUUUUACCUUGUACAGUUUUGAAAUUGUUACAGCAUUUGCAGGUGAUACAGGUGAUUGCUUCUGUGGUGCAAAGCACUUCAUAUUGACGUAGUAUUCCGUCAUAACCGUCCUUUACUAAAAUAUUACAUGCAAAUAUAUUACACCCAUAACUACUGUAUUGUUUCAUAUAUAUAUAUACACCCAUUUUUGUUGAUGUGUUGCUUCUGUUUUUCAUGUCCUUUUUUUAUGUAACACUUAACAAAUGUCUUAGUUAAAGAGAGAGAGAGAGAAAUAGAGGUCUAUUGGUUUUCCAAAGGAAAAGUAAAGCAGUGUUAAUAAAUAUUCAGCCUCGUUCUCUCACCUACUUUCACCACAUACUGAUAAAUAAGGUCCAAGCUUUUUGUAGGAAUCCCCAGCGUACAAUGUUAUUGAUCUUGUGCAGAAGCUUUUUGUUAGUACCUCUAAUUAAAAGACUGAUGGUUAUGAUACAAUGUGUUUUGUAAUAAUGUUUUGUUAAAUAUGAAUUAGAGAAUUCUGAUUAACUUACAGUGAAUGUUGAAUUAAACUUGUAAUAAAAUACAGGAUUGGAUUUUA